ACACGUUUUGACCUACGCAUGAAUCUCUACCCAGCACCUGUAUAUGUGUGUGCCCGAGUAUGCUGGUAGUUGUUAGGUACGUAUUCGUACUGAAGCCUUUGUAAGUGUCCGAUCGAGCACCCGAGCAAAUGCUUGGCCAACGUAAUUCCAACAAAAUUAUCCGAGUCGCGCCACAACGCGAGUACAGCCACAUGCUUUCAAUGGCCUGGCCCAAGUGAUUCAAGAAAACCCGCAUUCAUGGAGCCACCACCUCCAGCAACGCUCCAACGAGUGUAUGUGAGCACCAGCAAAUGAGCGCAUCAACGAGAUAUGUCUUGGUGACAGGAGCCAACAGUGGCCUAGGCCUAGGAAUCUGCUGCCGCCUCAUCGACGAGUUUCUGACCUCACCACACAUCCGAGGCAGACUGACCAUAAUCUUCACGACCCGCGGCCAACUCAAAGGCGACGAAACCCUCACGACGCUCCAAAAACACCUCUCGCGCCACGCAUCCUACAAGAAGUCCGACGACCGCAGCGUCACAUUCCAACCGGAAAACGUCGAGUUGACUUCCCUCCUCUCCGUGCGGGCGCUCAGCCGAAAACUGCUAUCCUCGAACAUCACCCACCUCGACGCGAUCGUCCUCAACGCAGGGAUAGGAGGCUGGUCCGGGUUGAACUGGCCAGUGGCAAUCUGGACCGUCCUGACGGGGAUAAGACAAGCCACUACAUGGCCUACGUUCAAAUUAGGGUUCGUCGGUCUCGUCACCAAACCACAAUUUCCUCCGCGCCCGGGGAGCCGGGAGACCAGAGAAGAGCCGGUGUUGGGGGAAGUCUUUUGUGCCAACACCUUCGGACACUACAUGCUGGUCCACUGGCUGAUGCCGUUGAUACGAGCAUGCCCCUCUGAAUCCUCCGGGAAAAUCAUCUGGACUUCGUCCGUCGAUGCCGUGGCGCACCAGUACAACCCGGACGACCACCAGGGCCUCAAGUCCGGCGCGGCGUACGAAUCCACAAAGAGGUUGACCGACCUCCUCGCCCUGACGGCGACGACACCCCCCGCCAGUACGACGUCGGUCAAGGAGUACAUCACGCCGUCGCCCUCGGACUCUUCCCCGACGAACAGGAUGUCUCGACGAUCCGAACCGACCUUCCUUCUCGCGCACCCGGGGAUCUGUACGACGACGAUCAUCAGCCUCUACUGGAUCAUCCACGAGUUUUACCGCCUGGGAAUCUACCUGGCGCGCUGGUGCGGAUCCCCCUGGGCCAACGUGUCAAGCUACCUCGGCGCCGCCUCCGUGACGUGGCUCAUCCUCGCGUCCCGAGCCGACAUCGACGCGAAAGCUGUGGAAGCGAGUGGCGACGGCGGGCCAUGCAAAUGGGGCUCUGCGGUCGAUCUGUUUGGGCGGUCGUCCGUCCGCGUCACGGACGUAGAAGGCUGGGGCAUCAACGGCACGGGCAAACCGUUCAAGAAUACGUGGUGGGGUGGCAGCCUGGGCAGGAAGAGUGGCGCGGUGGACGCCACGGCCGAGGAUGUCGAAAGUUUCGUGUCUCAAGGCGCUGAGGCGUGGAGGAAGAUGGAGGCGCUGCGGAAAGACUGGGAGGCCAGGAUCGACGAGUACGAGUCGGAACACACUCAAGAGAUUCACAGUAAUGGGCAUGCGUCGUAGGUAGCAAAAUAAAAAACCUGGUGUGAGGAUUCCAUUCGUCCGGUACACCAUUUCAAGGAUACCUUUUUCGUGUCCCAUGUACACAAGCACACCGGCGGUUCAAGAGUACCUGCAAGCAAGAAGAAAAGGCCAUGGUGAAAAUCGUCAUCGCCGCUAUCUUUUACACCCAAUACAGCGUAAAUCUCUCUGAUCGAGACAUUCUACAUGCUGGGCUUCUAGCCGAUGGCUUACCUCCUCCUCUUCCCAUACCACCUUGACAGCCAAAGCAAGCGCUGGAAUCUGACCGCAAGGGAAAGCGGUGUCGACUCGGGGGGCGAUGGACAGACGGCACGAGACGCACAGACUAUCCAAAUAGAAUUUACAACUUGGGUUGCUCCUCUUCCUCUUCGUCCUCGUCGUCUUCCCAACCUUUGCUCAUCUCCACGGCCUUGGUCCACCGUUUGUACAUCUUGUCACUGGCCGCCUGGCUCAUCUUGGGCUUGAAGAAGAAGCGACCUUCGGAAUUCACCUCCUUCAGUUCGUCAAAGUUCUUCCACACGCCGACCGCGAAGCCUGCCGCGAUGGCGGCCCCGAGCGCCGUGGUCUCUCGCAUCUUUGGCCGGUCGACGGGGAUUUGGAUGAUGUCGGAUUGGGUCUGUCGAUCGUAUCGUUCCGGUAUUAGCUCACUGGUUCAGUCUCACCACAGAAGUACGAAAACAAGAACGUCAAGAGAGCAACGCGCACGUGUAAAUGCAACGACGGUACUCACCUGCAUACACAAAUCCGAAUUGCUCAUCCCACCAUCGACGGCGAGUUCCUGCAGUUUCACCCCGGCAUCCUUUUCCAUGGCGUCCAGGAUGGCCUUCGUCUGGAAACACGUCGCCUCCAGCGUCGCC